AUGGAGAACAAUAAGAGAGUACAAGAAGAGUCUCACAUNUCCACCAAUCCUGCCAGUCCUUUCUAUCUACAUCCUGGGGAGAAUCCAGGACUUACCCUCAUCUCUCAAGUCCUAAGUGAGACUAAUUACUCUUCUUGGAGCAGAAGCAUGAGAAGAGCUCUUCUUUCCAAAAAUAAGAUAAAGUUCAUUGAUGGGUCAAUCAAGAAACCUCAAAGAAGUGAGGUUUUAUUCGAUGCAUGGGAAAAAGGCAAUAUGAUGGUUCUUUCCUGGAUUAUAAAGACACUUUCUCCACAGAUUGUAGAAAGUGUGAUAUAUGUUGAAGAAGCCAAAGAGUUAUGGGAUGAAUUGAAGGAAAGAUUCUCUAAAGGUGACUACUUUAAGAUUUUUGACUUACUUCAAGACAUUCAUUCUAUCAAACAGGGAGAAAGAAGUGUUAGCCAGUUUUUCACAGAUUUAAAGAUUCUUUGGGAAGAAUUGGAAUUCCUUAGACCCAUACCCAAUUAUUCUGGCACUAUCAACCAUAACCAGACUGCUGAGACUAAAGUUCUAGCCAAUGUUGUUGACAAAAAAAACAAUUGGAGACCUGACCAGACUUGGAAAAACCAAGGACGUGAACCUGGAUCGGGUGGCCAAGGAAGAGGAAGAGGAAGGAAUCCUAACUAUGGAAAACAAUGUUCCUACUGCAACAAGAUGAAUCAUAUUGUGGAUGAGUGUUAUUCCAAGCACAGUUACCCACCUUGGUAUAAGAAAAAUGACAGCAAUCAAGACAAAAAGGUUGACUGGAAUUCAGCCAAUGUCUGCCAGAGCAGUUUUGGUUCAGAUAGUGUUCAAGCCACUCAUCAAGGCAACACCAAUGUUGCCUUCACCUCUUUUACCCCAGAGCAGAUGCAUAAACUUCUCAGAAUGAUAGAAAAGGUUGAUGAAUCUACUCAUAAGAUCAACCAGAUACAGAGAAAUAACACAGAAGGCAAACAAGAUAACUUUUCUUCGAUUAUUGACACUAGGGCCACUGAUCAUGUGAUAAGGGAGAAUUCUACAUUGAAGAUGAUUGAGUGUGCUAAUCCUUACAAAGGCCAUCCUGGACACAAGACUGUUAAACAAAUAUGUGAAAGUUUUCCUUAUGUGCAAAUGAGCCCUGAUAUUAUUUGUGAUACUUGCCACUAUGCUAAACAACAUAAAUUGCCUUUUCCUUGA